AUUUACUACCAUAGAGCGAUAACAUACAUACUACCGCUUGAUUAAAUUCAGUUUAGCUUGUAAACCUAAGAUUAUAUAAGAACAGCCGGAUUUACCAAAAAUGUUAAAGUGCACAUCUUAAACCGUCUUAAAACAAGUGUUGAAACAUCCUGAUAGACACUUUACUUGUGAAAAAGGACAAUAUGUGUAAAUUAGUGCUUUUUCGCUUUAUGUAUAUAUAAUAAAAUAUUACGAAAUGGAAACAGAAAAGGAGCGGUUAGUUUGCGGUUUUGGUGAGAAUAUAGCCAAUGGACCAACGAAAACAAUUACUCUUAAAAGACAGUUGUACACACUUGAGACAUUUGCUGAAAAAUACAAAGACGAAGGAACAAAAUCGAGUGUAUUUGAAAAUAUCAAGAAAUCAAUGCGAUGUUCAAAGAGAAAAGCUGGAAAGAUUCUUGGAUCGUACCUUCCAAUUAUUGGGUUUAUACGUUCCUAUAAACUGAAGCAAUAUAUCCUUGGAGAUGUUUUGUCCGGAUUCACAGUCAGUUUCAUGCACCUUCCACAGGCUAUGGGGUUUGGCAUUCUCGCCUCACUGCGACCUAUCCAUGGACUCUACUCCACAUUCUUUCCCGUGCUUGUUUACCUGCUGUUUGGAACAUCGCCGUAUAUAUCAUUUGGAACGAACGCUGUCAUGGCUUUGCUUACACAGACAGUGGUUGAGAGAGAAGCUGAUUCUUUUAUAGCGUCAUUUGCAAAUACAAACGCAUCACGGCCUACUGAAGAUGAAAUCAUGGACGUUAAAAUUGGAGCUUCUAUGGCAUGUUGUGUACUCGUCGGUAUAUUUCUUACGGGAAUGGGGCUCUUGAAACUUGGUAUAAUAACUACCUAUCUGUCUGUAUCUUUUGUUGGCGGGUUCACUACGGCGGCUGCCUUCCACAUCGCGUCUAGCCAAGUCCCUAAAAUAUUUGGAAUUAAAGUGAAAACGUUUGCUGGAGCGGGUAAACUUGUGUUAAUGUACAUAGAUCUGUUCAGUAAAAUAACACAAACAAAAUUUGCCGAAAUUAUCAUUGCUGUGAUCUGCAUCAUUGUACUUCUUCUUGUGAAGAUAUGUGUCAAUGAACGUUACAAUACCAAAAUGAAAAUGCCAAUUCCAAUUGAUCUCAUCGUGGUAGUUAUUGGAACAAUAGUAUCUCACUUUGCAAAAUUCGUGGAUGUUUUUGGCGUGAAGAUUGUCGGAGAAAUACCUAGCGGGUUCACAAUGCCGGCUUUACCUAACUUUGAUCAUGCAAGCAGUUUUGUGAGCGACGCUUUCGUGAUGGCGAUAUUGUCCCUUGCUAUGAGUAUUUCAAUGGCGAAACUCUGCGCGAACAAACACGGUUUGCCAAUUGAUGAUAAUCAAGAGCUGAUAGCGUAUGGUGCCUCAAAUUUUGUAUCAGGUUUUUUCUGUUGUUUCCCUUCCGCAACAGCGCCACCUAGGACAAUGAUACUGAGUUCACUUGGUGCGAGGACCACGCUAAAUGCCAUUGCUACUUCCGUGUUUUUCCUGUUGGUUAUCUUGGUUAUUGGACAGCUGUUUGUUUCGCUGCCACUCAGUGUUCUUGCUGCAAUGAUUAUUGUUUCUAUGAAAGAUCUGCUAUUACAAUAUAGAAAUUUACCCAAAAUAUGGAAUGUUAACAAAUAUGACUUUAUCAUUUGGGUCGUGACAAACUCUGUCAGUAUUCUUGGAGACUUGAAUUAUGGCAUAAUUGCAGGCGUAGGAAUUUCAAUAUUUCUCACUGUAGUACAAGACCAGCUAUCUACCGGCCACUUGAUUGGACUCUCUAAAGCUGAAGAUAUCGCGCUCAGAUACACGGACGGCAAAAAUAUGAGAGAAAUAGAAGGGGUCAAGAUCUUUAAAAUUCCAACAAAUCUAUAUUUUGCAACCGCAGAAAGAAUGAAGUUUCAAAUUUUCAGGCAAAUUUUACAUCCUAAAAAGUAUUUAAAGAAGUUUCGCAAACUUGAAACUAUGGCCAAGAUUGUUGAUGAGGAGACAGUUGAUGUAAAGAACAAUAUUUCAAUCGAGAAUGUUGGGAAUCCUUCUUUUGCUAGAUUGUACGUCAAGCUGAAGUCGUUAGUACUUGAUUGCUCAAUGGUGAAUUACAUCGACAUGGCAGGGAUAGCAGCUCUACAACAAAUUAUCAAGGAAUACAAAACAGUACAAGUAGAUGUCUAUUUUGUUGCUAUCACAGAUAAUGUGUGUGCAACUUUGGAAGCAGGCGAAUUUUUUAAGACCUUCCCCAAGAGUAGCGUUUUUGUUGAUGUGUUUGACGCUAUUUCAAUGAUAAAUUCGCAGGAUUUCGAUUCAUCCGUAUCAUGAACGUAUGAAAAUAAAUCCGCUGUCUAAAAGGCAGUAAGACGCUAAUUUAUCAUAUCUGUUUUGAUAAAUGGCUUGGUGCUUUUAAUAUAAAGACACAUAGUGUGUUGGUAUGUUUUCUUAACUGCUUGUACAAAGUAAUGAAAUUAUUUCAUUAGUCUAAAUGCCUUUUGUUAGGACGGCAUUUUUUGUUCUUAUUUACUGGCGUAUGAACUACGUCAGUUCUGUAUAUUUCAAUAGACCUAGAUGUUGCAUUUAGCUGUGAACAACAAUAACAAUCUAUAUUUGUAUAAGAAGUACAGUUAUUUUAUUUUAUUUUAUUUCAUUUUAUUUUAUGGAACCACGUUUAAGGCCCGUUUAUUUAUCAGAACAUUUUACAUUACAUUUUGAUAUACAACAAACAUUUUGUAUUAUUUUUAACUUGUACAAAUAUAGCAGAUUUGGCCAUUUCUAGAAAACGUAGUUGUUAGAAUAGGAAAACAUAAUAACGAUAUGUCGAUAGGUAAGUCAACUGGAAAAAAAAACAUGAAAGGAAGGAAAAGAUAAAAGAAGUAAGAUGACUAUCGUGGUAUGUAAAAUUUGUUUAAAGUUAGGGAAGGGAAGAUUUCCAAUCGUUAUUGAAACAA